AUGAUGCCAACAACAAUCAAUACAAUCCCAGUUUCAACUCGACCUCGAGUUCGAGACCUUCUGCCAAAGCUCCAUAUAGGUCGUCACCGCACUGGCCCAUUGAACUCUCUCACUGAUGUUCCUGGUGUUCUGGUCCAUACGCAAUCGAUCAAUCGCCCAGCCACCGAAAAUCACCAGGCCGUCAAUACAGGCGUGACCACUAUUCUACCACGUCGGGAUUGGUUCAACCACGGCUGUUAUGCCGGCUAUUUCCGUUUCAAUGGAUCUGGCGAAAUGACGGGCUCUCACUGGUUAGAUGAGACCGGCAUACUCAAUUCACCUAUUGUCCUUACCAAUUCAUUUUCCGUGGGUCCGUGCUACAGUGGUAUCUACGAGUACGCGAUUCGGGAGUACAAAAAUAAAGAUAGCGGCCUAGUGGACUGGUUCCUUCUUCCGGUUGUGGCUGAAACAUGUGAUUUAUACCUGAAUGACAUUGGGGCCAUGAUAAUCACACCUGAUAUGGUCGUACGCGGAAUUGAUGAGGCCAGUGCCGACCCUGUGAAGGAAGGAAACACAGGAGGGGGGACGGGUAUGAUGUGCCAAGGGUUUAAAGGAGGCACUGGCAGCGCCAGUCGUGUCAUUGAUGCCGUGUCUUUUGGCGACAAGGCAACCUAUACCGUCGCAGCUCUGGUCCAGGCAAAUUAUGGGGCUAAGAGAGACCUCCGAUUCGGCGGAUUUCCUGUUGGGCGCAUGAUGGAAGAGGAACAGGCGGAAGUAGCGCAAGAGGCUGACACAAUCAAAGCUAAAGAUGGAAGUAUCAUCGUCGUAAUUGCUACAGAUGCCCCUCUUCAUCCGACACAGCUCCAGCGCCUAGCUAAAAGAGCUACAGUUGGACUAUCGCGCGUAGGUGGAUGGGGCUCCAACAGUUCAGGGGAUAUCUUUAUCGCUUUCAGCACCGCCGAGAAGAUACCACGAGCUCCAGAGUUCAAUUGGAAGCCGACAGUUGAGCAGAAGGUGGCCGUGGUACAGGAUGUCACAAUAAACGCAUUGUUCGAAGGAGCAGCAGAUGCCACCGAAGAGGCGAUUUACAAUGCUCUACUGGGUGCGCAGGAUAUGAAAGGUCCUCAAGGAAGGGAAGUCAAAGCACUUGAUCACGCCUCCCUAGUGGCCAUCAUGGAGAGGUAUCUGUAG